GUAGAAUAUAACCCAGCUCAAUCAUCAAUAUAGGAUAUUAUAAGAAAUUUACUCUAAUGCACAGUUAAUCCUGGCGUGAUACAGAGAGCUGGCCUGUGUAUAGAUAUAUAUAUAUAUAACAAAUGUGGAUAGAUGAUGAUUCCUCAUUUGAAAAAAAUGAGGUAAUGAGUUCACUGAAUGGAUACUUCAAGAGAAAAUUUAUGACAAGAGUUCAGCUUCAAGACUGCAAUUUUAUUCAUUGACUACUUUCAAUUGGGAAGAUAUGCUGAGACCAGUAAAAUCACGUGUUUAAAGUAUAUCUACAUAUCGGUUACUCCUCUUCACCCUUUUGUAUAUUCUGGAAUGUCAGGGCGGUGAAAGAGUGGAGCUUCGAAUUCGGGCUAAUUCGACCAGUUCAGGCUGGCGGAGCGCUAUUGAGGAUCGUCGAUUGAUCGUCAUUGAGCAUCCCCCGACAGCCGUACAUGCGGCACGUUUCGCGGGAAGUGAAUAACGGAUCAAUAUUUCACCCCCCACACGGCCCGAGCGGCACCACCGCCGUCGACAGGCGGCCGCCGAAGUUUCUCCACGCUGAGUAAUUUCGAGUCGUCUCGCGAGCGAGCGGCGAUAGUGUGGCACUGCUCCUCUGUGCUGCUGUUGGUGGUGGUGGUGGUGGAUGGUUCUGCUGCUAGACGCUGUCGAAGUCCUCCUACAAGUGUCUUACCGAGUUCCUACCCUCCGAUGACCCGGCUGCGUGACCAUCGACGUGCGAAUAACGUGCUGAAAGACAGGGCGCACGCUGGCCAUCACGAAAAAUGAUUCGGAGCGUGAUGCGGGGGACACAGCAACCGGCGUGUUUCCACACGAGGAAAGCGCUGCUAGAGGAGCUCGACAACUCGAAGAUCGUGCAUCGUAAUUUCCAUCCAAGGAACAGCACGACGAGCGUAACGAGGAUCAUCCAGUGACUUCUUCAGUUUUUCUUUUUUAUUAGGGGGGAGGGAGUAUAUAUUAUAACGAUAGUUUUUCUCACGUCGACGAGUGUGACGAAAUCACGAUGUUAGAUGAAUCAGGUGCUGCGCCAAAACACUACCUCUGCUAUAUGUACAAAACUACAGAAUUGAUCGUAUUAGGGCUACAAUGAAGAUAUAGAUGCAUAUUAUAUUAUGAAAGAAUAUAUAUAUACAUUCAUUCAAGUGUAUAUAGAAAGGAUAUAUUCUGAUGGAUAAGCGUUUACACCAUGUAUUGAUAUAACGUUCUGUACCAGAAGGCUCUUCCUUGAUACAAGAUUCUCUUAAUCGAUAUUGUAUUAAUUGUUUUACGGGUGCAACGGAACAAGAAGUGAUAGUGUGGUAGUGGUGUGGUUGUGGUGGUAAUAGUAAUAGAAGAGGAUCAUCGGUUGAUCAUGCCUACCAAUUUUCUGGCGAAUGCGCGCGGCUAGACGGAGAAACACAAUAGAGAUAGAAACCCACACACACAUACACACACACAGAGAUACGUUACACGCACCCCGAAAGCUCAAGAAGAAUAGAUUUAAGUUAGGUGAAGAUGAGUAUACCGUACGAUGAGAGCUUAAUAUGGAUAGUAGUGGUCGGCUUUAUAGUCGCAUUUAUUCUGGCUUUCGGCAUCGGAGCUAACGAUGUUGCGAACAGCUUCGGAACAAGUGUCGGCGCCGGGGUGCUCACAAUAUACCACGCCUGCAUUUUGGCGACCAUCUUCGAGAUUGCCGGUGCCGUGUUAAUCGGAUAUAAGGUCUCCGACACUAUGCGCAAAGGUAUAUUGGACGUCUCGUUGUACGAGGGCCACGAGAAGGAGUUGAUGAUAGGAGCAUUGUCUAGUCUAGCCGGGUCUGGUAUCUGGCUACUACUGGCAACUGCGUUACGACUUCCAAUUUCUGGUACGCAUUCCAUUGUUGGUGCUACAGUUGGAUUUUCGCUCGUGUGCAGAGGUACCGAAGGGGUGAGGUGGAUAGCUCUCGCCCAUAUAGCAGCGUCAUGGUUUGCCAGUCCCGUGCUUAGUGGGAUCGUAUCUUUUCUGAUCUUCUGGUUGCUGAGGAAAUCCGUGCUCCAGUCUAACAAGCCAUUUGAGCAGGGUCUCAAUAUCCUCCCUAUAGCAUACGGUCUCACCGUUGCUGUCAAUGUUAUGUCAAUUGUGCUUGAUGGACCUAAGUUAUUAAUGUUAGAUCAGAUGCCAUGGUGGGGUAGCUUGAUAGCCGCGUUGCUUCUGGGCUCGUUGGUCGCGCUGAUCGUGUAUAUUUUCGUGGUGCCAUGGCAGAGGACGAGGAUACUGUUGGCAGAAAGUAAUAAUCAGGAGAAGACGGCUACGCAAUUCGGCGCCUGCGACAAAAAGGAGACGACAGUGUUGUCGGUGAUUUCUGAGUCUCCAUGUGGCGGCAGUGGCAGUGGUGGCGGCGACAGCAGCAAUAGCAAUGGUAACGCGAAGGACGCGGUGCCGAAGUUGCGCGGCAAUAGCAGCGAGAGCCCGUUACUGAUGGUCGCUCAGGUGGAUGCGGAGAACGCGCAGGCGGACGGCAUCGCGGUGGACGAGGAGCAACCAGAGGUGUCCAGGUUGUUUGCCUUUCUGCAGGUGCUCACCGCGACGUUUGGCAGCUUCGCUCACGGCGGCAACGACGUUAGCAACGCGAUCGGCCCGUUGAUCGCGCUUUGGGCCGUCUAUGCGGAGGGCUCGGCUAGGCAGGAGGCCGAAACUCCUAUAAUGAUACUGCUUUACGGCGGCCUAGGUAUCUCCACCGGUCUGUGGGUGUGGGGACGCAAGGUAAUACGAACCUUGGGCCAAGACCUGGCGCGCAUCACCCCUACGACCGGAUUUACUAUAGAGGUGGGAGCAGCAGUGACAGUUUUGUUGGCAAGUAAGGCUGGUCUACCUGUGUCAACGACGCACUGCAAAGUGGGAUCGGUGGUGUGCGUGGGAUGGGCGUCCCGUGGCUGCGAGGGGGUGUCGUGGAAACUGUUUCGUAAUAUCGCGUUUGCGUGGCUGAUCACCGUGCCGAUGGCCGGCUGCCUGUCUGCUGGUUGCAUGGCCAUUUUCAAAAGACUUCAGGAUUAUAAAUUGCCGCACAAACUCGACAUUUUAAAUGGCUUUCCUGUGGUGCGCGACACCAAUUACGGCAUCGGAAAGAGACCGACAGACGCGGCAUCAGCCGCGCACGCUAAGGUGCCAUAUCCGGUGGAGUACGAUUCGUCGUUGACUUAUGGCCGGCUGCCUCGCUACGCGUACCGGCAAUUCGUGCCGCAUCAUGCGCUGUUCGCGCAGAAAUGCCUCUGCUUCAAAGCUUUCUUCCGCCAAGGGAUCUUUAAUUCCCCGGACGAGCAGUAUCGUGUCCGGCACGUGAACAUCGUCUACUUCUUGGAGGACGAUACGCUCUGCGUGAUAGAACCGGUGGUGGAGAAUGCUGGUUUCCGGCAGGGUAAGCUGGUGAGGCGCGAGAGGAUCCCGAAGAACGACAUGGGCGACCUAUUCAUUUGGAAGGACCUCAACGUCGGAAUCGAUGUGUGUAUUCACGGUGUUGUAUACCACAUCGUCGACUGCGAUUCGUUCACCCGACAAUUCCUGACGAGUCAAGGCAUAGACGUUGGCCAGGAAGAGACAGCUCCUACGGAUCCUUAUACGCAACAGCGCGAGAUGCGAGCGACAGUCCCGGACAAGGUAGAAGAGGACACCAGGCGACGCUUCCUGGAGUACGACAAGAUGAUGCUGUCGUUUGACGCCACGUGGAACGACGAUCGUUAUCGGCUGAUGUACUUCUUGGCGGACGACACUAUGGCCAUCAGCGAGAUUCACGAACGCAACGAUGGCAAGGAUCCCGUGGCGUUGCUGCUGAAGCGAAUGCGAGUGCCCAAGGAUUGGAAGUACUUGCCGCCAUCUUGGCAGCCGAGCGUGGAACGCGGGGAUCCCGAGAUCGUGGAGUAUUAUACGCCGCGAGACUUUCGAGUAGGCGAAACAGUCCUGGUGCUCGGCCGGCGUUUCCUGUUGCACGACUGCGACGCCUUCACACGCAGAUAUUAUUCCGACAUGUUGAGGACGCCGCAGCCAAGCGCGGUCCCGUUGCCGGGCAAGAUGGAAGGGCCGGCGACGACGAGGUACGAGGUGCCGCCGCACAUUGACUUCGGUAGGCCCGAGGACACGUACGCCAGCUGCCUGUCGUUCAUGCCCAAGCCACCGAGGAAGAAUGUGAUACGCCAAUUGGCGAACUUCCCGAAGAAACUGCGCUACUCCGCCCGGAUGGACGCGGUGCAUCCGGAGGACGAGGAGCGUGAUUUCGUGCUGCUGUACAGUCUCAGUGACGGUGCUAUUCGCAUCGUCGAACUCGAAAAGCGCAAUUCCGGCCGGCGCGAAGGUUGCUUUCUGUCUUCGAGGCUGAUACCGAAGCCGGCUACCGGCAAGGACAAUCCGCUGUAUUACACGCCAGAGGACUUCUUCAUCGGCGCGCGCAUCAACGUCUUUAAUCAUCGCUUCGUCAUCACCGGCGCUGAUCUGUUCGUGUACCGUUACGUCGAGGCAAAUCGUGACAAAUUUUGCGGGGAAGUGCGCGAGAAUCUGCGGAAUUACUUCCUGCAGCGAGGUCUGCUGCGGAAUGACGACGUGAACGACGCGAUAGAAGUCGAUGACAAAGCGCAAGAGGCGGAGGAUGAGCGGCAAGAGAGAGUUCUCGCGGAUAACGCGAUAACCAGCGAUCAGGAUCACGCCAAUGUCAGUGAACACAUGUGCAAAUUCGACACGGCCGAUGUUGCGAACGAUUAAUGUUGAUUUAUCUAUCAAACGCGCGAGUGCGACGCUAAUGUCUAGUGCCAAUCGUCCACCUCGUCUAAUAUUGAUUCUUUGUUAAUAUAAUCACCGAUCAUUCUCCGCGUCGCCUAUGGAACGCAAAACGAUUCUGAACAACAUAGUAACAUGGUAAACUUGACAAGUUCUCGGAGCAAUUUCAAGUAGCAUGACGUUUACGUCAGGAGAG